CCGACUGGUAGUCUUGAGCAGUAUAUUAACCAGGCGCUGCAUGCAGAGAGGAUUUUGCAAGCAAAAAAUAAGAGAUCCGACAGCUUCCUUAUGGGAAACGAAAUGAUGUACAAAGAGCGUGGCCGUGGGGCUGACAACAGGGGCCGCCAUCGGAGCAGAGGAAUGUCAAAAGUGAGACGAGAGACAGGUCCAAGGGAGGUGGUUUGUUGGUGUUGUGGAGAGAAAGGACACAUUUCCCGUGACUGUCCUAAGAAUAAAAUUGUGAGUGCAUGACUAGGCAUGCCUGCGUCUCAGCAAGAGAUAACAACUUAUGACGCAGAUGAAGAGUUGGAAGUUGCACUAAAUUUGCAAGAGAUCUUGGCGCUAGAUUCUAUUCACCCUGAAGUACCUGAAGUAACAUUAAUGGUUAAUGGUAAAGAAAUUACAAUUUUGUGUGAUUCCGGAGCCUGUCAGACAGCUUGCAGGGACUCUUUUCCUGGUGCCACCAUACACAGACAGAGGUUUGUUAGAUCAGCAAGUGGCCUGUUCACGGUAGCUUUGGAGACUGACCCAGUGUGGAUCAGAGAUCCACAGGGGGAGACUUGUAAAAUGUCUGUGUUAUUAAUGCCUCAGUGCCCUAUUAAUUUACUGGGGAGAGAUGGCUUACUUAUGCUGGGAUUAUCUUUAGUCCCGUCACCGGCAGGUAACAUAGAAAUCAAAAGGCGACAUGAAAUAAAGAUGGCUAACAUAAAUGUGAUAAAAGGCAGAUUUCCUGUCUUUGUGUAUUACACAUUGGACUUACCGAAUAAGUUACACUCACAAACUUGCGAUAAACUUUUGUCAGAGGGUCUCCUGCACAUUGACACGCAGGAAGAGAAAAUGGAAUGUGAUUCCUUGCACAUUGUAUUGUGGCGUAAGCGCACAGAGGGUCACAACUCAGAAUAUGAAAGAGCGCUAAAUCGAUUUACACCUGCUAAAGUAACAAUUGACUAUUUGUAUUUUGAUGGGAUUGCAACUGUAGCUGCAGGGGUACGGCUCUCAGCACGGUUGCAAUCACUCUACAAGGAAUGGUAUGUUCCCCAUAUUUCUUUGCACAAGACAUAUGGGGUGGAGUGGUCCAGCAUGGGACCCUUCGUCCAGAAAGGGCAAGUGAUGUCUGAUUGGAGGCCAGAUGGGAAAGGAUUGGAGUAUAGUGCAACAGCUGAGGUGUACAGAAAACCACUAUUUUGGACUGUUCAGGUCCAGGAAGGUAUACACCUGUAUUGAUUUGAGAAUGAUCUUCCUCAUUUGCUCCUAACCGCAGGGGAAGAAGAGUUUUUGCAUAAAGUACCGGAUUGUUUAUGGUCUACCAGUCCUUCGGAUGUUGGGUUGAUAAAAGGAGCACUCCCUGUUCAGAUAAGACUGAAAACCGAAUAUAGGCCUUGUGUGAGGCAAUGCCCUUUAAAAUCAGAUGCACGUGAGGGAAUCAAACCAGUCAUUAGUGAUUUGAUUAAGGCAGGAGUAAUAGUGGAGUGUAACGAUUCACCGUGUAAUACACCCAUAUUUCCUGUUAAGAAAGCACCUCCCUCCGUGGGGUGGCGAUUGGUUCUUGAUUUGCAGGCGGUGAAUUCAGCUGUAAUUCAAAGAGCACCUUGUGUACCAGACCCACACACACUUUUGAAUAGUUUAGAUCCUGAAGCAAUGGUGUUUACUGUGGUAGAUGUUAGUAAUGCAUUCUUUUCUAUACCGGUUGAUAUAGGUAGUCAAUUUUGGUUUGCGUUCACAUUUGAAAGUAAAAAAUAUACUUUUACGCGUUUACCUCAGGGAUAUUGUGAAAGCCCAACGAUUUACUCUCAGAUGAUGACAGCUAGCAUGUCGAAGUUUAUUCCUCCUGGAGGGAGCCAAAUAUUGGUCUAUGUGGAUGAUGUUUUAGUUGCCUCACCUAAUCUAGACACUUGCAAGACAGACACCACUGCGUUAUUGAAUCAUUUGGCUCAAGAGGGUCACAAGGUUAGUAAAAACAAACUGCAGUUGUGUAAAGAACAAGUAAAAUAUUUGGGACACAGUCUCAGUAAAUCGGGUCGAACUAUUUUGGAGAGUAGGAAAGCAACUGUUUUGCAAGCACCGAAACCGUUGACAAAGAAACAAAUGAUGUCCUUUUUAGGAUUGACUAAUUAUUGUAGGGGAUGGAUUCCAAAUUAUGCAGAAAUAAUCGCUCCUCUAUCUAAAUUGAUGUAUGAAAAGAACCUAAAAAUGACAUCAUUGCUACAUUGGACAACAGAGGCAGAAAACGCUUUCUGUGAAAUUAAACAAAUGCUAACGUCGAGUUUAGUUUUAGCGUUACCAGACUACUCAAGACCAUUCAUUCAGAUGGUUGA